UUAUGAUUGCUGCCUGCCCAGAGCCUUUGGGCUGUAUACUGAUAAUUGAUUCCUGCCCAGAAGGGAAUACAAAUGAUUUCUGCCUACCUUGACCCUUUGAGUUGAUACAAUUGAUUAAUUCCUGCCCUUUGGGUGGAUACAGAUGAUUGCUGCCUGCCCUUAGUCUUUGGAUACAGAUGAUUGCCGAGUUCCUUUACCUUUUGGGGGGAUACAGAUAAUCACUGGCUGCCCUGACCCUUUGGAUACAGAUGAUUGCUGCCUGCCUUGACCCUUUGGAUACAGAUAAUUGCUGCCUACCCAUACCCUUUGGAUACAGAUGAUUGCUGAGUGACCUGACCUUUUGGGGGGGAUUCAAAUAAUUGCUGCCUGCCCUGACCCGUUGGAUACAGAUGAUUGCUGCCUGCCCUGACCCUUUGGGGGAGAUAUAGAUGAUUACUGUCCUCUUUUAUCAGUAUCCAUUACAUUAAUCAAGGUAGAUACAUCACCCCAUUUGUUACAUUUCAAGAUUAGGUCAGAGUACUAGUACAAAUAAAGUAAAUACAUGCCCACAGUGAACAGAUAGAAUAUACCGCAUUAGCCAGGUAAUAAAGUAUGUAAAACAUGGUAGUUACUAAUUAAUGGCACCAGAAGGCGUGAGAUAUUGAUUUACUAUUCAAAUGUAGGUGAGGUUAAGGCCAAACCCAAGUAUAACUGACAUAUUGUGGCCCCUCCCUCCCCCCGUUACCAAUAAAUAGGAUCGAGUCCCUCGGUAGGAUAGAACAUUCCGUCAGUCUCUGUGGCUCCUGUGCAACCUGCUCACAACCUGCUCACAAUGAGAUCUGCUGUGGGAUUCCUGUGCCUGCUCUCAGCUCUGGUAUCUACAGGUUAUUCUCUCUCCUGCAUAGAAUGUUCUGCGUACGACGCGACGUCUUGCUCAGGUCCCAGUGUCCCAUGCGCGUCUGGGGUCUGUGCUUCUUCUUUCAUCCAGGAAGCCAGUCCAGGCGGGAGCAUUAUGCAGAUUAAGAGAUCCUGUGCCGCCAAGACACAGUGCGGUGAGACGGGCAGCGCUACCUACGGUUUUGUCAGAAGACACAUGAUUAACAGCUGCUGUGACAGUGACGACUGCUCCCCAGAGGUGCCCAAAUUCGUCAGAGACUACAAGCCCAACGGGUUCCGCUGCACAAGCUGCUUCCCUCCAACCUCCGAGGAGUGUGACCCCGCCCAUCAGGUCCCGUGUAGCGGCGGCGAAGACAAGUGCUUCAUACACUUUUUUAAACAUUACGGAACUGUUAACGACUUUGAGUUCAGGAUUGGCGGUUGCGCCACCGACUCUAUGUGCCAGCCGGACAAGUUCAGCGAGUACAGCUACGAGGAGGUCUCUACCACCUGUACCCAGGCAGCCCAGUGACCCCUGCAGCCGCUCAUGGACUCAGCCCCUCCCUACAGGGCAUUUUAACUCCCUCCCAGGUUAAUUAUUUCUUUUGCUGACGCUCUAAUUACAGGACACAAGGAUAGGCACCAACAUAUCGUUCCUAAUUGUAAUACAGUUAUAGCGCCAUCCGGUGGCUAACUCCUGAUUGGAUGCUAUGAAGUACUAUACAGCAGGGGGAGGAGACAACUAGAUGAUCCCGCAGGGGCCUAAUUCCUGCAGGUUGGAUAAGAUUCCUGCAUUAGUCACAUGGAGAGAAAUUAGCCAAUAGGAAACAAACCUAGAAAAAUAAUGGUCUGCCAUGUUAAAUACAGUUAUUCCUAGUCACUGUGUAUCAAAUAGGAUUGGAAAUGUCUAACUGUGCCUUUCCCCGUGUCCUUUAUUUCUUUUUUUGUACCCUAAUGUGGAAAAUGGUCUGUUCUUUUAAAACAAUGAUAAAGUCAAAUAAAGUCAAUGUCUUUAAGCGCAA